AUGUGGCAACUUAAGCUCGCCUCUAGAAUACGGGCGUCUCCGCCGCGGGCGCUGACGACACGGCUGAAUGGUCUCCUACUUCGCCCGAUCACACUUGGAGCUGCGGGGAGGUUCUCCGCUUGGUCAGACUCCACUAUGACUCAAACCACCCAAACCAGUGUCGCAUAUACUACCAAGCGGACCCUGUCCACUCACUCGAACAAAUGCCUCAACCUCGACAACAUUAACCAGCAUGUACGCGCAGCCAAGUACGCCGUGCGGGGUGAGCUGGCCGUCAAGGCUGAAACCUACCGUCAGCGCCUGUCAGACGGAGACAAGUCGCUACCCUUUGAAAGCGUCAUUUUUGCAAACAUCGGUAACCCACAGCAACUCGAUCAGAAGCCCAUCACUUUCUUCCGUCAAGUCCUCAGUCUCGUUGAGAACCCUCUGCUAUUGGAGAACCCGGAGGCACUCAAGACCUCAUUCGGAUACAAACAGGAUGUGAUUGACCGGGCCAAGGCUCUCUUGGCGAACGUGCAGAGUGUGGGUGCCUACAGCCACAGCCAAGGCGCUCCGGGAAUCCGAGAUAGCGUGGCCAAGUUCAUUGAGGAACGCGAUGGAUUCCCUGCGAACCCGCAGGACCUAUUCUUGACUGGUGGUGCCUCGUCUGGUGUGAGCACACUGAUGAGUGUUAUCUGCAAUGACCCGAAUGCCGGUGUACUUGUACCUAUUCCUCAAUAUCCACUUUAUACCGCCACACUGGCGCUGCUGAAUGCGCACUGUGUGCCUUACUACUUGGAAGAACAAAAGGCGUGGGGUACCAAUGUCAGCGCAAUUAAGCAGUCCAUUGAGGAGGCCCGUGCCAAAAAUAUUAACGUGCGCUCCGUCGCUGUGAUUAAUCCCGGUAACCCUACCGGUGCUUCGCUGAGCUCCGACGACAUCAAGGGUGUUCUCGAUAUCGCUGCUGAGGAGCAUCUUGUUGUUAUUGCCGACGAAGUGUACCAGACCAACGUCUUCACUGGUGAAUUCGUCUCGUUUAAGAAGUGCCUGCGCCAGCUGCAGCAAGAGAGGCCUGGCAAGUACGACGAUGUGGAGCUGGUUUCCUUGCACAGUACCUCUAAGGGCAUGGUUGGCGAGUGUGGUCACCGUGGUGGUUACUUUGAGCUGGUCGGCUUUGACCCGUUAGUCCAGGAACAGAUCUACAAGCUCGUCAGUAUUGGUUUAUGCCCACCGGUCGUUGCUCAGUGCCUGCUUGAAACUAUGGUCAAUCCUCCUCGUGAGGGUGAGCCCAGUUUCGAGCUGUACCAGAAGGAGUUCAACGGAAUCCGGGAUGGUCUACACAAGCGUGCACUUGCGUUGUAUGAUGCUUUCCAGCGCAUGGAGGGCGUUGAGUGCCAGGAGCCCCAGGGUGCUAUGUACCUCUUCCCCACCAUCCAUCUUCCUGCUAAGGCUGUUGACGCUGCCAAGGCUGAAGGCCGUACCGCUGAUGAGUUCUACUGCCUGGCCAUGCUCGACGCUACCGGCGUUUGCGUGGUCCCUGGUUCCGGCUUUGGUCAGAAGGAGAACACUCUUCACUUCCGUACAACAUUCCUUGCCCCAGGCACUGAUUGGGUCGAGCGCAUCGUCAAGUUCCACUCGGAGUUUAUCGAAAAGUACAGCUAA